AUGAAGGGCCUUCUCCUCACUUGCCUCUCGCUGGCGCCUCUCGCUCUCGGAGCGCCAAGCUUGAGAAGACAAGAUGGCGUCACUCCCCAGCAGCUGAAGGACUUCAAACUCUACGCCCAGUGGUCCUCAGCGGCCUCUUGCAACAGUGACAAGGCCGCCAACGAGCCGGUCACCUGCUUCGAGGACCAGUGCUCCAUCUUCGCGUCUCACAACGCGACGGUCGCCGCCUCGUUCAUCGGGACUAUAUUAGACACGAGGGGGUUCAUCGGUGUGGACCCUGUCGACAAGCAGAUCGUCGUCUCCUUCAGGGGUUCGACCUCCGUCCGUAACUGGAUCGCCGACUUCAUCUUCGUCCAAGUCCCGUGCGACCUCGGCUUCGGCUGCCUCGCGCAUACGGGCUUCUACGCCUCAUGGGGCGAGGUUUCCUCACGAGUACUCGCCGGUGUCCGGGCCGCCGUGGCGGCCAACCCGUCUUACAAGGUGGUGGUGACGGGCCACUCGCUCGGGGGCGCGGUGGCCACGCUGGCCACGGCCUACAUCCGCAAGGCGGGCAUCGCGGCCGACCUGUACACGUACGGCUCGCCGCGCGUCGGCAACCUGCCCUUUGUCGAGUACGUCACCAAGCAGGCCGGCGCCGAGUACCGCAUCACCCACACCGACGACCCCGUCCCGCGCCUGCCGCCCAUCUUGUUGAACUACCGCCACGUCAGUCCCGAGUAUUGGAUCGAUCCCGGCACGGAUGAUGUGGUGUCGCUGGAUGAGGUGGAUUACUGCGCGGGGUACUCGAACAUCAAGUGUAAUGGUGGCACGAAGGGGCUGAACAUGGAGUCGCAUGGGUAUUACUUCCAGCAGCUGGAGGGGUGCAAGUCUGGCGAGGGCACGCCGUUCAGGAGGGCCGAGGUCACUGACGAGGAGCUCGCGGCGAAGCUGAAUAUGUAUGUGGACUUGGAUAUCCAGGUCGCUGAGAACCUGCACGCGGAGGGGCAGUCGUAG